AGUUCAGAUGUCAGAGCUGGGAAUAGGUGUCGCGCUGUCUGAAAACGCCAGUGAAACCUUCAUUAAUAUUGGGAGGGGGAGGGAGGUGUUAUCAGAACUUUGACUGGCUUUUUUGGAACAGGAAAACGCCUAUUACCAAGAUUUUACCAAUAUUGUUAAACCCUGGGACAUGGUGCACUGAAGAGAAGACCACUGCUGCAUUGGAUUAUGUUUGCGUUGUUUUCUUUCUCCACAUUUUAAACCUGCAAGAUUGGUACGUGAAUUCGAUGAAAAGUUGAAGGAUGAUAAACGCAACGCUGUAUGCAGGCAGGAAGAGAAGUCGGCCUGUAAGAGGUAAGCCGUUGCCUCUAGAUAGUGUGAAGACGAACCCUUCAAAGAGACACAGGGACCGGCUAAACACUGAACUGGAGCGCCUGGCCUCGCUGCUGCCUUUCCCAGAGCACAUCACCAACAAACUGGACAAACUAUCCAUCAUGAGGCUUGCUGUCAGCUUCCUGCGAGCCAAGGCCUUCUUUGGUAACUCUUUGCAGAAAAAAUACCAGGUUCCUUCCCUCCCCCCAUCACUGACAGUCAGCCAAGCAAGUAUAAGCCAACAGGGGGUGCCAUCUCCUGGUUUUGUGGUGCCAGAGGGGGACCUGCUGCUCCAGGCAGUGAAUGGUUUUGUGCUGGUCGUGACGGGAGAGGGGACUAUCUUCUACACCUCACGCACCAUUCAGGACCACCUCGGCUUCCACCAGAGUGAUGUGAUCAAUCAGAGUGUGGAUGAGCUGAUCCACACGGAGGACAGAGAGGAGUUCAACAGGCAGCUACACUGGGCACUCGACCCAUCCAAGAAAGCAGGAGGAGAGGGGUACACCAGUGACCCAGCGAUGCUGUACCAGCCCACCCAGCUGCCCCCAGAGAACUCGCCCUUCCUUGAUAGGAGCUUCGUCUGCCGAAUGCGCUGCCUGCUUGACUCCAGCUCUGGCUUCUUGACCCUGCACUGUCAGGGGAAGCUGAAGUUCCUCAACAAUAUGAACAGGAAGUCCCAGAGUGUGGACAAGGCCCCCUCCCAGCUGGCCCUGUUUGCCAUCGCAGUUCCGGUCCAGCCACCUGCCAUCGUGGAGAUCCGGACCAGGAGCCUGGCCUUCCGCAGCAAACACCAGCUGGACUUCUCUCCCAUUAGCAUUGAUGCAAAGGGGAAACGGCUUCUUGGCUGGACGGAGGCUGAGCUGAAGACUCAUUCUGGAUAUCAUUUUAUACACUUUGAGGACAUUUUAUACUGCGCUGAGAACCACUUGAAGAUAAUGAAGACAGGGUAUAGUGGGGUGACAGUUUUCCGUCUUCUCACAAAGAAGCAGACGUGGAUCUGGAUCACUUCUAUCGCCAGAGUGACUUAUAAAGAUGACAAACCCGACUGCAUCAUUGUGACUCAGAGGCCACUGACAGAUGCUGAAGGAGAGGAGCACCUCCUGAAGAGAGCCAAGCAUGACAAGUUCUUGCUGGACAAGCAGUCCCUGCUGUACAACAGUAGUGAUCUCCUGAGCACACAGGCCAGCAGGUGUCACCAGCAGGUGGAGAUAGAGGGACGCACUGCAGAGAGGCACUACGACCCUAGCAGCAUCCUGGAAGCGUCUCUUCAUCAGGACCAAGCUUCCUAUAUCUACCGUCUCCCCGAGGAGUCUGCACCCUUCCUCUCCCCUUCCACCACCCCCUCCUCUUCCCAUGGCCUGCAGACUAAGAAAGCAACCUGGCCAGAGGUCCCUGCAGACGUGAGCAUCUGGGAGAUGCUGUGGCAGUAUGGAUUGAGUCAAGAGGACCUGGAGCUGAUCCAAAUGGAUGAGAAUGUAGCUAGGAUAUGCGAGGAGGGACGUUCUGGAGAGAUCGUCAACGCUCUUGCUCAGGUCUCCCCUCGAUCAUCCUCAAACAGCUUGAGCUUCAUCCCCUCCACUCCAUCCAGUUUCUCAGGAAGUGACAAUGAGACCAGAACCCUUUCUAGCUCCCCAAAUUCAUCCUCUCCCGGCUGGGAGUGGACUCAGGAAUGGUCUUCCACAGCCAGUUGCUACACAGUAGCACAGGAGAACAAAUUAGGAACCCUGUGGCCGUCUUUUACGCUUGCCAGUGGGCUUCCUGUUUCAGUGCCUGACACAGCUAUGACAAGACGGCGAACGCCAGGAGCGCCCACGAGCAGCUUGUUACCACCAUCUCCCACAUCAAACUCUGACCAUUCUGCAUUACUUACCAUGCUCCUAGCACAAAUCCCAACACAGCACAAGAUCCAGACCACUCUAUCUAGCCCUCAGCCAUCCAGUGGAGCUGGUACCAGGUGCACUCCCUUCCUGGAUUUGUCAAACACUUGGCCUGAACAGGGUCCUCUUCCUAUGACCAAGUCAUCCUUGCUAAAGCAUAGCUGGCUGUUGACUUCCCCUGAGGAGCCCUGGAAUGUCGACAUGGUCCACCCCAGAGAGUUCCUGCCACAUGGCAUCACAAACGUCUGCGGCCCCGAUCACAACCAGAGCCUGCAUUGCACAGGACUUUCCUGCGCCAGUGUCCUGUGAAGUAAAAUAAAAACAGACUAAAUAUAAGCACAAACCUUUUUCUAGGACUUUUCAGUCUUCUCAGUCUCUUUGAAUUAGCCCUUGUCUCCAAGGGCAAAAAAAAAGGCACUAUUGCAUGAGGACAAAAUUUCCAGUUCUAGUCAUUACAGUACAAAAAACACAUUGCACUCAAGAAAGAAGAAAAAGGUGAUUGCGGUGUUUUAUAAGGACAAGUCAAAGCAAAGGAAAUCCUGGCUUUGAAUCACAGCUCAAUUAUCGACUUCGAGCAUGACUGUGGAGAAUUUUUUUUCAUCAUUUAUACUGAUUAGUUUAAUUGUAUUUUGUUAUAUUAUAUAACAUUAGAUAUAACAUUUUUUAUCUUUGAAACAUGGUGACAAGGUCCUGUCUGCAGUUAGAAGAAUAACUUUUGUCUUUGUUUCAAAGCUAUUUGAUUUUAAUUCUGUAUAAAAACGUGUCUGCUUUAUUCUUAAAUUGUCGAUUAUUUCUUUCUAAAGGUAUCAUUUAAACCCUUGCAUAUUCCAAAUAAAUUGUUUUGUUUACUUUUAUGUUUUCAUUCUCAGCAUUGUGGGAAGACAGGUUGAAUAGUACAGCUAAAGAUUAGUGCUAAUCUGGGUCUAUGAAACCAGCCACUUGCGUUUGUAAAUCUGAGCACUGCAAUAUAACAUUUUCCAAUAUGUUUCAUUUUAAACAGGGGUGUAAAACCCCACUUGUUUUACAGUUAGUCUUCUUUUUUGUUUAAUACUACCAUGUGAAUACAGUCAGGUCUCAGAUAUCUGUUACCCCGAUACACGUCAGUAUUGUUUUACUGCCCUUGUAUUAAAAAUAAAAUCAAUCCCCAUUCUAUACAUGUAACAAAUUAAUGCACUUACCCGUCACACUUGAAUUCUGAUACAAAGCAAAUCUCUUCAAUGUUACAAUUUAUUUGAAUAUCCAUCACAGACCUUUUUUUUGUUUGUUUUGUUUACCUGACAAA